AUGUCGUCGUCGCUCUCCUCGUCGUCUUCAGCAGCAGCAGCAGUAGCCUCCUCAGCUGGAGCGGAAGAAGCAGCAGCAGCAGCUGGAGCAGCAGCAGCCUGGGACGGUUGGGUAGCCAGAAGCAAGGGAGAUCUGGGUGAUGGUGGAGAUGGCAGACACGAAGUGCUUGACCAACUCGUCAUCGGUGAUGUCCAAGAUGGAAGAUGGGAACACCUGGCCAUCGUCGUAAACCUGAACAACAGUCAAACCGUAGGUGAACGGAGAGAUGUUCAACAUGUUCAACAAAGAAGCCUCGGAAGGUCCGACCUUUUGGUCCUUGGUCAAGAUCUUAACGUCGGAGGUAAUUUCAAUGGUACCUCUGGCAAUCUUGGUUGGAACACCCAAAGCCUGGAAGAAAGAGGUCUUACCUGGCUCCAUACCGGUGUUACCAGCUGGGACGUAAACGUCAGCUGGAGCAAUGGCACCGGCUCUGGCUGGAGCGGCAACCUUGUUGUCCAAGAUGACGUUUCUGAUAGACUUGAGGUCGGAGUUGGUGAAGAUGAAACCAACAUUACCUCUGACAAAUGGCAUCAACUUGUCAAAGUCUGGGUUCUCGGCGAUGAAUCCUCUAAGGGCUCUUCUAACCAUGGUGUUCUUACCCAUAAGGACAACAGCGUCCUGUCUAAGGGCCUUUCUAAUCUCGUGCAUUUGCUGAGAAGAGACGUUGUCGACACCAACGAUGAAGACAGACUUCUCGACAAACUACUGCUGGAGCUGCCCUAUGACGACCUCGACUCGGCGCUUGUCCAGUUCAAGGAACAACUCAAGCUUAACGAAAAUACCCCGGCGUUUCUCCAGACUGUGUUCGACCGCCUGGUGCACGUUCUGGACAAGCUGGUGAUUCCUGGGUUGGAGAACUAUGUGAACGAGACCGACAGGGAGUCGUUGGAGAGCGCCUGUGACAUCAUCUGCUGGUUCUACAACACCUCCUACAUGCAAAGUAGAAAGGGAGGUCCCGAGGUGAUCUCUACCGAUAUGACACUCAGUUUGUUGUCCUGUUUGUGGACCAGAAUUCAUAAUUUCACCGAAACGGAGCACGAAGGACUUGCGCUGGUCACAAGUACGAUCCAGGUUGUUUUGGAAACGCUACCGCAGUCCAGUUAUGCCCAGAUCUUGGAAUGGUUGCAGAACGUUGAGCCUCCCAGAUACUCCAACACGGCAAUGGACGAUUUUUUCUAUGCUUGUCUGCGAUCUUUCACGGCGAGGAUUGCACUGGACGAGCUGGAAUCGAUCACCACAAAACACGCACCGUCGAGUCCAUCCCAGGGAGACUUCCUGAAUACUGUAUUGCAGCUGUACGACCGCUGGAGACCAGACGAUAGCACGGAAAAGGGCGAGUACAUUUUGGACCGCGGACUGAGUAUCGUCAAGAAAUCGCUCAGCUCUGAGCCCGCUACCGUGGUGCACGUCUCAGCACACGAUCCGGAAACAGACCCCAAUUGUUAUAGAUACUAUCUUGCGCGCGAACAGUAUCUCAAAAACCAAAAGAACCCGGACUGGGUGCAGAUUUUCGAGAACGACGGAACCGUGGAGGUUUGCGAAAUCGACGCAGAACUCGGCUCGCUCACCACCAUCAGUCUGGACGAGCCAGUGAUACAACGGUUCAAGGAACCCAAAUCUAAAGCUAACGUUUUCCGCAGAAUAUACAGAGCUAUCAAGCCUCGGAAAGUCGAGCCUGAAACACCGGUCUCUGGCCAACUGUCCACCAUCUCGACACUUAAAUACAGGUUUCUGGACUGGUUCUGGGGAUUCUGGUACCCUGUGGAUGACCAUGAAGGAAUGAGGUCUAGCCAUUUGUCAAGAGUCAACUCACAUCUGCUCUUCCACACAGACUCAGACGAAUUGCGAUAA